AAGAUGGCCACUGAAGUCGAUGAUGACUUGCAACUGAUUCGCGCAACGCCGGGACUCUUGACCGAUCUACAAGUCGCCCUCAAAAAGUUACUCUGGAAACGGGGUAAUUCAAGCCGCGUUCACAGUCUCGUUCGUUCACGGGACCUUGAUCAUGUCAUCCAGUUGGUGGAACCUUUCCAAGGAGAACCUCAACUACUUGAUGCUCAUUUGAAAAGCUUACUGCCUGCCAUUGUCGAAGCAUACCUAGCCGUUCUCCAACUACCAAAGACCAAGAAACCCUCUCCUCUGACAGUCCCUCUUGAUGUGGCUGCUAGUAAGCUAUUGUACACUUUCUGUAAGGUCAGGGGAGAAAAGAUAAUCACUGGCUUUCUCAAUAAUGAACCCAGAUAUCUCGAGCUAAUCCUGACCAGUCUUGAGGACUUCAUGAUCAGAGAUGUGGAUGCGGCUGCUGCCUGGGAGAAGUCAUACAUUCUUCUUCUAUGGCUCACUCACUUGAUGCUUGUGCCGUUCGACUUGAGCUCAAUCUCGGCUGCUUACCAACCAUCGAAUGUCGAGCAUGAGCAAAUAUCUCUACAGCCUUCUGUUCCAGCUGUCACGCGGCGAGUCUUGCAAGCAGGCGUACACUAUCUCUCGAGCGCGACCCGCGAACAAGAUGCAGCAGCGAGGAUGCUCGUACGUCUGGUCACCCGUCCUGAUAUGCAACAACUCGAUCUCCCUUCAACUGUCGUAUCGUGGGCAUUAGAAAAGCUUCUCAACCCAUCUACUUCACCAAAUUCCAAUCUUCACACCUUCCUGGGUCCACUCCGGUUCUUGGUAGGUAUGACAGUGUCGGUAGAUACUCAGAAAGUCGCCGAUCUCGUACCGUCAAUCUACUCUGCUGGCCAGAGACUUAUGGAUGAUGCAAUGCUUGCUUUCUUGAGCUCAUCAGCCGUUACCAAGAAGCUGGUUGUAAAACUGCUCCGUAACAUUGCUCUCCUAAGCUUGAAGCACUCAUUCGACAAAUUGGAUGACUUCUUUGAGUCAAGUGGUGUUCUAGAAGGGACGAUUGAGUAUUGCCUUCAAGCCCUCGAAGAUCGCGACACACCAGUCAGAUUCGCCUCCAGUAAAGCUUUGAGCAUGAUAGUUCUUCGUCUCGACCCUGGUAUGGGACACGAGGUCGUUCAGGCAGUCCUCGAAAGCUUCAAAGAAGAUAUGCCAAAGUCGUCCUCAGAACCAGACUUCGGAGCUGCGAAUGCUUUGAGAUGGCAUGGUUUGACCUUGACACUUGCACAUGCAUUAUUCAGAAGGUCAGCCUCGCCACAUCAACUUCCUGAGAUCUUGAACACUUUGUUAUUGGCGCUCAGCUUUGAACAGAGAUCUGCUGUGGGCGUAAGUACUGGAAGCAACGUUCGUGACGCCGCCUGCUUUGGAAUUUGGUCUUUAUCACGGAGAUAUACGACUAAAGAAUUGUUGUCGGUGGAGACGUCUCUAAUCGGCUUCGACUUCCAUCUACGUGCUAAAUCCAUCAUACAAGUUGUUGCGACUCAGCUUUUACUUUCCGCUUGCUUUGAUCCUUCUGGCAACAUCAGAAGAGGGUCUUCGGCAGCGCUCCAGGAACUCAUCGGUAGGCAUCCUGAUCAAGUCAGUAAUGGCAUCUCCCUUGUACAAGUUGUCGACUACCACGCAGUUGGACUUCGACAGCGAGCGAUGGUCGAUGUUGCUCGAAAUGCAGCAAACCUCGAUUCCAUAUACCGAGAAGCACUACUAGCUGCUCUUGGCAAAUGGAGAGGGCUUGGUUCUACAGAUACUACUUCGCGCGAGGCCGCUGCAGAGGCCAUGGGUUUACUCUCUGCACCACAGAUUCCUGAGUAUGUCAUGGCUACCCUCGACCACUUGCAAGAGGACAUCUUAACAUCAAAGGCCGAUCUCGAAAAACGACACGGAUCGUUUCUUGCAAUCUCGCGAAUUGUCGACACGAAGAUGUACCAGCGACUCGGUGGAGAAACACGCCCGAGUGUUGAGGAUAUAUCACAUCUGACAUCUGUUUGGGGUUUGUUUGACCAAGAUCAAGCUCUGUUCAGAAACCACACUUCACGGGCCACCCGUGCAGAGUUGCCCUCCGCUGUUGCCAAACUCCUUUCGUCUCUAGUAGAACUCUCUUUGCUAUGUGGAACAGAUCACCGGGAUUUGUCAUCACUCGUACCUGUCCUGAACCAGAUCGUGUCUGGUCUGAUAUCUUCUUCGGAGACACAUGUCUUACAAGUCCUGCCUCGCUUGGUUAAGGCCAUAUCAAGACUUGACCCAUCGACUUUGACACGCUCCAUACUCAAUCUUCAUGAUUGCCUUUCAAAAAUGGCGCACGACUUUCUGGGGAUGACGGUGCAAGGUUCAGGUCGUGUCAUUGUUCUAGGUGCAGCGUUCCCAUGGCUGCACGAUGUCUACGGAUGCGACCCGCUUGAUGCUUGUCAUCUGCUCUCGAGAAUCAUCAGGACCGCUCCCCUGACUGAGUGGCGUAGCAUCGCGCUACGGGCCAUAGACUUGAUCAUGCAGGCGGAUAUUCUGGGUGACGAUGUUUAUCAAUCUCUUGUAUCUGCUCUUGACACUGGGCUCAAUGACUACACCAUCACUGAAAGGGGCGAUGUUGGUUCGCUGGUAAGAAUAGAGGCUGUAAUAUGUGUUCGACAGAUGUGGAGAUCAAAACGAGGGCAAGUCGACCCGACUUCUUCUCAGCUCCUACGAGGCAAUAUCAUUCGGCUUGCUCUCGAGAAGAUGGACAAAGUGAGAUUGAGAGCCGCAAGCUGUCUUGAGGAGACAGAUCCCAUGUUAUUGAGACGUACUGCUGUCACAGACGUAACAAGCUACCAGUAUUUUCUGGGAUUGCUUGAACCACUGAACGACAAUCCUCCCGCCUGGAAACGCGAGGCAAUCCUGAAGGGCAGCAUGUCGUGUGCUGGAGUAGGCGCAGAGGGGCUAUUACGAGCCUCUCGUAUGGCCCUGGUUGAUACAAUCAUCAAAGGAAGUCCCGAGAUGAGGUCUAGUUGUAUGUCUGCUUUCACCGGACUCUUGAAAGAGUCGAUAGCCGCAGAAGUUGAGACACAACCGUUGCUUGAACUUAUUGCACAUUUACUCGACACGAUGCCAUCUGUCAUUUCACCGGACGAUCCUUUCAACUGGCGUAUCUUACUCUCCUCGAUUCAAAAAGCACACUACAAGUCAAACAACAUCUCAAGAAUACUGGCGGCAAUAGAGGUGUAUCAAGCAUUGGCUGAGAAGCCCACGAUUCGUGCCGAUACCCUGAAGAAGCUGGCUAGCAUGCUCAGGACGAACCCAUACCCAACAGUGCGGACGGCCGUGUCCGAGUGUUUGUUUCUCGUAACAGGCGAUCAAGAGCUGAAAUGCGUAGAUGGGAGUAAAUCGCAGCCGUACAAUCUGCAAGUUGAUGUGCGGUGACUGUUCCGCAUCACGGAAUCGGGCCGUACUAGACACUUGCUUCUUCUUCCGCACCACAAUUACCAUCCGUGUGUUGGUGGGGUCCCCGCGGGACUGCAAUUAUUGCGGGGUCAUGAACAUAUCUCAAUGACAAUAAGAAGACAUCGUAGCUGCCAACGAUCCUAUGACUUUCGGUCAUUGUUGCCCUCUUUGACUAUCGCUAUGCUUUCUCUCCUAAUCUUGGUAGCUCAGACUCAGGCUAAAGAGCACCCAUUUCGAUCUAUCGUUAUUCUGUCGCUUCUGUUGCCAUUCUCGUACUUUGUGACCAACGAAUUUGUACGAAGAAAGGCCAGGAUACCAGGCUUCGACGGCCCGCCGGGAAAUCCAAUAUUCGGAAACAUCCCGGAUAUUAAGUACAACGCGGCAGAAAAGGUUGCUGUGCCCAGCGACAGUUCCUUAUCAAGCCUGGCUGACCAGCAUCCAGUACCGAGAGUGGUCAAAGACCUACGGAG